AUGCGCGGUCGGCCGAUGACCACUGAUGCGCUUAAAUCGCCGGAGCAGAAUCCAGCAGCUUACCCGGUGCGAUCACCAGCGCCGAAUAAUGUCGUGUCGAUGUUUGCGUCCCUAGCAUUAUCGCGCGGACAAGCGCCACUCCAGCAACGAGUGCCCGCGCAAGCAGCAACACCAGCAGCAGGAGCCCAGCAGCAAGCGGGAGGGAUGGACUACAUCUCGAUACCGACUGCGAGCCAGCAAAAGUUCUCGAUCCAAAAUUUCGACGGGACCGAGCUCUACCGAGGGCUGAGUAGUGUCCUUUUAGACUAUGGACGUACAUUCGUGCGCGCGAUUAAGCUCUCCCGGUCGUCAUGUGGCUUCCUCUGGUCGGAAGACGUGAAAGUCGGCCUGCUCAGCCAUUUCUUGUCGGGGACAGCGGAACGCUACUCCCACAAGCAAGUGGACACGCAGUAA